AUGGAUACCUGGGAGUACAUUAGGGAUGUUCGGCAGAAAGUAACUCUCAGUUCUCGAGGACGGACGGAACUGCGCAAGGGUCCCGAGGGUUCAAACCAGGCCACCCGCCCCACCGGCUCGUUAUUUCCAGGCCAGGUUAUGCUAGGACUGCGUGCGCAUGGGAGGGACUAA